UGACACCAUGCUCAUUGUCUCGUCCCGCAGUGCGCUGCUGUCCGUCUACUAUCCCCAGAUCUUCCUCAUCCUCACCAGCGGUAGCUACCUGGCAUUGUCCUCGGUGGUAGCGUUGGGUGCUAACAUCAUUUGCAACAAGAUCCCUGGACUGGCCCCAAGGCAGCGUACCCUCUGCCAGAGCCGCCCGGACGCCAUCAUCAUCAUCGGCGAGGGUGCACAGCUGGGCAUCAACGAAUGCAAGUACCAGUUCCGCUAUGGCCGCUGGAACUGCUCCGCCCUGGGCGAGAGGACCGUAUUUGGACAAGAGCUGAGAGUAGGUAGCCGAGAGGCGGCUUUCACCUAUGCCAUCACGGCGACUGGCGUGGCACAUUCGGUGACAGCAGCGUGUAGUCAGGGCAACCUGAGCCAGUGUGGCUGCGACUGGGAGAAGCAGGGCUACCAUGACCAGGAGGAGGGCUGGAAGUGGGGAGGCUGCUCGGCCAACAUCAAGUACGGCGUGGAGGUCUCCAUACGCUUCGUAGAUGCCCGAGAGAUCAAGAAGAACGCCCGACGUCUGAUGAACCUGCAUAAUAAUGAGGCAGGACGAAAGAUCCUGGAGGAGCAUAUGAAGCUGGAGUGUAAGUGUCACGGAAUGUCGGGCUCCUGCACAACUAAGACCUGCUGGACCACCCUACCCAAGUUCCGGGAGAUCGGCUACAUCCUGAAAGAGCGCUAUGGCGAGGCGGUCCAAGUCGAACCGGUCCGGGCCUCGCGUCUCCGUCAACCCUCCUUCCUGCGUCUGAAGGAGUCGCGGGGGUACCAGAAACCCACGGACACAGAUUUGGUCUACCUGGAGAGGUCUCCUAACUACUGCGAGGAGGACACGGCGACAGGGAGCACAGGGACGCGGGGGAGGCUGUGUAACCACACGUCACCCCAUACCGACGGCUGCAAUCUGAUGUGUUGUGGUAGUAGCCACAACACCCACCAGUACACCCGCGUGUGGCAGUGCAACUGCAAGUUCCAGUGGUGCUGUUUUGUGAAGUGUAAUACGUGCAGUGAGCGGUCUGAGGUGUUCACCUGCAAAUGAUUGAUGGAUGGAUGGAGGAGGGGGACGGAGAGAGCUGGGAAAAGGGACAAGGGACAGGGCAAGGCCAUGAGAGAGGAUACAA